AUGGUUACGGUGACACAGCUUAGGGAACAAGUGUUGGCGCUCAACAAACUUAUUAAGACUAAGGACAGGGAGCUCUUGAACAAAGACAAAGAGAUGACUUUAUUAAAGUCGAAGCACUCGACUGACAUGCGAGAGCACCGGGUGAAGCUGACAGACACGCAGCGCCAGCACUCGGAAAAAGUGCAGGAAUUGCAGCAGAAAAUAGCCCAACUGUCCAAACAGAACGCCUCCCUCCAGAAAGCGGCCAAAAAGUCGGCCACACCUAACGACAGUCCACUCCUGUGAUCGGCCAUUGACUUUGGAAUGGGAUGUCUCGACUGUCUCCGAGCGUACGGCUAGAUUUGGUGGACACACACCCGGAGCCUAGCGAUCACUACAGACUCACCGGACGUCUCCGUAAUUUCUAUUAUUAUUCAUUAAUUUCUCGACC